AUGAAUUCAAGAGGUCCUUUUUCAUUAGUAAUAUGUGGUGAGAACUAUCAUCGCAUUGGCUCUUUGUUGCCGCCUAUUGGAGAAAGACCAAAAUUUGCACAACUGUAUGUUUUCGAUCCAUCCACCGAAGUUCAAGACAGAAUGGCAAACUUCUCAAGCAACGAUAACAUUUUGCUUCCAGAUAUUGUACAAGGCUUGAUCGAGAUGUUCGACGAGACAAAUGAGUUGGUAAAAAGUUUCAGAAGAUUAAGGCCCCAGUUACAAGAUCCUACAACAGAGAAUUUACGUCUGAGGAUUGUAGGAGCUCGAGUAAAGGGUGCGGAACAAUAUGAAUUGCCAACCGGCCAAGAGCUUGCUGGACUUAUCCCUGGAGAUUUUUGCCCAGAUAAACAUGACAGAGACAUUAUUGUCAACCACAGAAGCGAGGGCCUACAACGAAUAUCGAGUUUGAACCCCAAAUUCGACGCACUACAUUUCCCUCUAUUAUUUCCUUAUGGGGAAGAUGGCUACCAUACAGGAAUAACAUAUGUAGAAGAAGCAAGCAACCCAUUGGCAAAGAACUGGAUACAUUUACCAGAUAAGUUCCUCAUUACUCAUACAGGGAAUAGAAUUAAGGCAAUUACUGAUGUGGUAUAUGAGAAUUUCCAUACUAACUACCAUGAUAUCAACUACAUCAAGAAUCGAGCCAUAGUCACGCCAACAAAUCGAGUAGUUUCGGAAAUCAACGACUACAUGUUGGCCAAAGUCAAGGGAGAUGCCAAAACAUACUACAGCUCAGAUUCAAUAGAGGAUGAUACAAUAAACAGCAGCAGGUGGGAAGAGGAGUACCCAACUGAGUUCCUUAAUAGCUUAUCGUUCAAUGGUGUACCAGAACAUGAACUGCAGUUGAAAAUCUCUACUCCAGUCAUCCUUCUUCGAAAUCUGAAUCCGUCCAUUGGCCUGUGUAAUGGAACAAGGAUCAUGAUUACACAGUUGGGAGAACAUGUCAUCGGAGGGGAUAUCAUUGGAGGGUCGUAUGACAAGACGCUGGUUGCUAUUCCUAGAAUUGUGCUCAAUAUCACCGAACACAGGUGA